UUUCGAACCGUCUCAGUUGUCGGUGAGGCCGGCGGGGCGGAUCCCACACUAGAGAGAAAGCGAAAUUAAAGCAACACAACCAAAAUAACAACUUCACCUUUCCUAUAUUUCGAUAGCCAGCUCCCCUGUGGAUUUAUAGCAUCAAGAUGCCCUCAGCAAUGAAUGCAAACAGUACAGUGCAAUCUGCCAGCCCAGAUGUGGGAUCCGCUCCAGGGUCAGUGGGCAAUUUUGCACUCGGUGGACAGUCUGACGUCUUAAAGCAAGUGCUGUGUGUCAUCGACAAGAAAGUUCGGAACAUGGAAAAGAAAAAGAGCAAACUGGAUGAUUAUCAAGUCAAAAAGGAUAAAGGAGAGGGUCUCAACCAGGAUCAGCUGGAAGCCCUUUCAAAAUACCAGGAAGUCAUGAAUAACUUGGAAUUUGCUCGAGAGUUGCAGAAGACUUUCAUCGCUUUGGGACAAGAUAUUCAGAAGGUGGUGAAGAAGUCUGCACGGCGGGAGCAGCUGCAGCGGGAGGAGGCAGAGCAGCGGAGGCUGAAGACGGUUCUGGAGCUGCAGUUCCUGCUGGACCGGCUGGGAGAAGACACCGUGCGGCAAGACCUGAAGCAAGGAGUCAGUGGCUCACCACUGCUAACAGAUGAAGAUCUUGUUGCUUUUGAUGAGUUCUACAAGUUAGUUGGGCCAGACCGUGACCAAAACAUCAGGUUGGCUGACCAAUAUGAAGAAGCAUCCGUGCACCUUUGGGACCUGUUAGAAGGGAAAGACAAAGCGGUUGUUGGAACCACAUACAAGGCACUGAGAGAGACUUUGGACCAGGUUCUGCUGAGUGGCUACUUUGACCGGAUUCCAUCGCACCAGAACGGAGUGUGUGAGGACGAGGAAGAGGAGGAGCCCGCCGCCGCCGCCGCCGCCGCCGCAGCAGCAGUGACUGAAUCGUCAGAAGCAGAAGAGCAGACUGUUGAUCCAGGUUCAGAAACUGAAAUAAUUGAGGAGUUCACAGAGCCCAUUUCAGUGGAAACAACAGAGUUCGUAAACAGACAGUUCAUUCCAGACAGCACGUACAGCGGCAGCGAGAAGGAGCAGGGCGAUGAUUGGACCAGGGAAACGGAGGCGGUCGCCGCGUUGCAGCAGCAGCAGCAGUCGCCUGUGCAGCCUGCAGCGCCCCCUGUGGCCUUGGAGACUCACCCCAUGAAUUUAGCAUCUCCCGCGUCGCCCACUGACCCCCUGGUCAGGAAGCAGGUGGUGCAGGACUUGAUGGCGCAGAUGCAGGGAACGUAUAAUUUUAUGCAGGACUCCAUGUUGGAGUUCGAUGGACAGCCCAUUGAUCCGGCCAUCGUGUCGGCGCAGCCCAUGAAACCCGCUCAGAACAUGGACGUACCGCAGAUGGUGUGUCCUCCAGUUCCAGUUCACCCUGAAUCCCGGUUAUCACAACCCACCUCCGUUCCUGUCCAGCCUGAGCCCACACAAGUCCCCAUCGUCUCCCCAACACCGCCCCCGAUGUAUCAGACUUCACACACGCCAGACCCCCGACCCUCAACAGAAUCCAUCGACCCCAUCCAGCAGACGUCAAUGUCCUUAUCGACGGAGCAGCCGCCGCCUUCUGCAGCCCUCCCCCCCGCCUCCCAGACGCAGGUUUUCCAGCCCGUUUCCAAAGCUCCUCACAGCGGCGGCAUCAACGUCAACGCAGCACCAUUCCAGUCGAUGCAGACAGUGUUCAACCUUAAUGCCCCCGUCCCACCGGCUAAUGAGCCCGAGGCUUUGAACCAGGCCAGCCAGUACCAAAACAGCUACAACCAGGCCUUCAGCAGCCCGUCGCAGCAUCCCGUGGAGCAGCCGGAGCUGCCGUCAGAGCAGCUGCAGUCUGUCGUCGGUGCCUUCCAUUCGCAAGAGCAGUCAGGAGGCCAUCAGCAGGCCUCCCAGCAGGGCCCGGGCUUCGGCAGGCAAGCUCAGUCCUUCUACAACAGCAGAGGCAUGUCUCGAGGCGGACCGCGCAACGCCAGGGGAAUAAUGAACGGUUACAGAGGCUCGUCCAACGGAUUCAGAGGUGGCUAUGAUGGCUAUCGACCCCCCUUUGCCAACACUCCAAACUCUGGGUAUGGACAGACUCAGUUCAGCACGCCUCGGGAUUACUCCAACGGGAAUUAUCAGAGGGAUGGUUACCAACAAAACUACAAGCGUGGAGCCGGCCAGGGACCGAGAGGAGUUUCGAGAGGCAGCACUCAAGCGAUGCGAUCUUGAGAAGGCCUUUCAUGAUGACGACUGUGACUGAUUUAAUUUUGCACCACACUGAAAACUCAAAUUCAAAAACGCAUUUUCCCCAGCUCACUCACGCUCUCUUUUAUUUGUUCUUCAUCAGUGGUACUUCUCCUGUCUCUCGAUCAAAGUAAUGCCUGCUUUGAUAUUUGGAAAUGUUGAAACAUUAAAAGUUCAAAACACAAGCAAAGCUGUAAAUCCAAUCAUUGAUUUACAAGGAGCCCUGUGUUUCAAUACUCCUGUAAACUUGAAAGAUUUCAUAAGUUAUUUUUUUGUAUGGAAAAAAAUGCACCUGCCACUGCUGGUCCAAUCCUUGGGAGUUUUACCCCCUUUCUCAGUUUUUUUCUGUCAUUUUGGUUCAAACAAUCGUUUUCGGUUCACUGAGCUCCAGUUUUCUUGUUUGUAAAUUGAUGUUGCUUCGAAAGUUUCAGUAAAGUUGUGUUGCAUA